AUGUCUUUUGCUUCUUCUGUUGAGCCCAAGCAUCAUCCGGAUUGUUGUAUGGCCAUUUCGCAACCCCUGCUCCACAAUUUGGCCAACCUCCUGCCUCAUGGUCCAGCCAUCUCUGUGCUCAGCAUCGGUAGCGGCACCGGCCUUCUCGAAAGCCUGCUUUCCGAUCUCUUGGACAACUCGUACGACGUGUGCGGUGUAGAAGUCUCGCCGAAUGUCAACAAGUACUUACCUGAGCAAAAUAUGUUUUUUGUAGGUGGCACCUGGGACCUCUGUUCGCAAGCAGGCAGAUCUCACGUUUGGAUCUUCACAUAUCCUCGCGAGCCCAAGUUGAUUAAACAAUAUCUUGAACUACAUGACCAUGUCAAUCUCUCCAAGAUUAUCUGGCUUGGGCCUAAGAUGGAUUGGCAAGAUUACGAAGGUGUGUUUUCAUCUUCAAGACUCAGUCGUCUUACGACAUUGAAGGACUGUGGGGCAGCUGCCUACGAGAUGAUCGUUGUGGCAGAACCUGAGCCAUGA